AGAUAUCAUCGAAGAACACAACACUGGUAGUUUGGUUACUAAAGCGAUCUCUGUUUUUCUUUCUUUGUUUCUCGAAACUGGUGAAAAUUCCGAGGCAUGGCUGCUCUUUCGAAUUCAAUCGUCUCUUCCAGAGAUCAUCGAUUUCAAUUCUUAUCUGGUUUUUCUUUGAAACCGGUUGACAAAGGUCUUACCUCCAAUAACUUGGUAAUCAUACCUGCAUCCCAAAGAAACACUUCAUCCUUGAAGUCCAGAAGGGAAUUUACUGUCAGAGCAAGUGGGGAUGGUGGAAGACCCAGCAGUGGCGGUAGAAUCUUUGUCAGUGGUUUUGUAUUGGGAGGGGUUGUAGUUGGAGCAUUAGGCUGCAUAUUUGCACCUCAGAUCAGCAAGGCAUUGGCAGAAACUGACAGGAAAGAUCUCAUGAGAAAGCUGCCAAAAUUCAUAUAUGAUGAAGAUAAAGCUUUGGAGAGGACACGCAAAAUACUGAGUGAGAAGAUCGAGCAGCUGAAUGCUGCCAUUGACAAUGUCUCGACUCAGCUUCGUGCAGAAGAUGCACCAGAUGGAACCGCUGCUGUGAUGAGUAUUGAUGAAGUUGAAGCCUCAAUAUGAUGAGAUUUUUGGUGCAUUGAUUUACUAUUAUCAAUCAUCAGAAAUUUUCCUCUUUGUUGUUGUGUAUACCCCACCUUAUAUAAUAAAGAAGUCUAUUAUUAUUAUAGAGUCAUUAUGAAGGGCAUGCAAAAACAUAUGAUGGUAUUUCCCUCCUGUUAGUUACUCAUGCACUUUUUUUCUUUA